AUGACAGGAAGAUGUUCUGCCCUCGACACACCCAAUACCCAAUAUUAUUUCUGUCCCAACCUUGGUGCCGCCUACCUUUUCACUAUCCUAUUCGGUGUCACAACUGUGGCGCAUUUUGCUCAAGCUAUCCUUUAUAGAAAAGUAUACUGUUGGGUUAUCGCAAUGUCGAGAAAUGCACAAACGCUGGCAUGUAUUUUUAGGAUUCUCAGUAUAAAGUAUCCUGCUACCUACUCGAGUAGUUCUGGAAAGUAUACUAUUUGGUUUGUGCUAAUUCUGAUAGCACCAUUAUUCACAAAUGCAUUUGCACAUAUGGUCAUGGGAAGAAUGAGCACUUUUGAUUCAGAUAUGGGGAGCUUCGUAUCGUCUGCCUCUAGUGACGAUGCAAGCACGAAGGAGAUACUACAAGGUCUUCACAUUUACAUGGUCGGUGUCGGAAUGCAACAAUUCUCCAUCUUCGUCUUCCUCUUAUUCGCCUUUAAGUUCCAUCAAACACUGCGUGACCAAUGCCGUCGAAAUAUCCAUACUUCACGACAAGCAUGGGUUUUACUCUACGCUUUAUACGUAGUCAUAAUAUUGAUCACCAUUAGAAUUAUAUUCCGUCUCAUCGAGAACUCCCAAGGACUCACAAGUAGCAUCCCCAACCACGAAGCCUUCCAAUACAUAUUCGACUCCGUACCCAUGUUCUUCGCUCUCGUUCUUCUCAAUAUCUUUCAUCCGGGCCGUAUCAUGGCAGGUCUAGAAUCAAAUAUUCCGGGCAGGAAAGAGAGAAAGAAUAAGGUAUUUACGACGAGGAUGCAGAGGUUUGGGGGUAGUGAGAGUGAGUGA